AUGGUUGGGAAGAAGUCCGGAAAGGCCCUUCUUCGAGAUGAAGGUCUCGAGCGGACGGACAAUAACAUGGACUUGUCGAGCUGGCCCGUGGUAGCCCCGAUCAACCAGAAAAACUACUACACUGACUACCUGAAGCGAGACGACCAGCUCCUUGCUUUCCGUCUACAAAAUGAAGAGGUCCGGAAUCGCAUGACCAAAACCGCCAAAGAUCGAGACCGCGCGUUUGCACUGGGCAAGCAGGAACAAGGCGAGGCCGAGGUGGAUGGAGACACCGCAAUGGAAGAUGCCGAAGAGGCACCGGCCGAGGCGGCUGGAUCCAAAGUCAUUGUCAUUCACGUUGGUAGCCAGAACCUGCGCAUCGGGCUUGCAAGCGAUGCGCUGCCAAAGACAGUGCCAAUGGUUAUUGCGAGAAAGUCUGCCAAGAACGAGUCGGAAGAUGAUAAUGCGGAGCCCAGGCCCAAGCGGCUCAAGUUAGACGAGGACGGAGAGGAGAUUGAGCCAGAGAAGCAAUUCGGUCCCGAGUUCGCAGCGCAGUACAGUACAAUGUCAGCUGACCUCAAGGUUCAUAUGAGACAAAACAAGCGGAGAACACUGCCAAACUCCAAGGAAAUGGUCGUCAACUACAACCGCAGAACACAACCGGAGCACAUUGCAGAGCAUAAUGAUCCAUCACGAGUUGAGUGGACUGAACUCUCGAGCCCGCCCCCUGAAUACAUAACCGGCCAGGAGGCUCUCAGAAUACCCGAUAAAUCCAAGCCAAGGUACAAACUGUCCUGGCCUAUUCGGUAUGGGUGGUGCAACGAGGAUGCAUACGACAGUACCAGGCUUUUGUUCCUCGAUAUCUCGCUAAUCCUAGAGGAUGCAAUCAAAACGCAAUUGGGAUUGACAAGCAAAAAGGACUGGACACAGUAUUCAUGCGUUUUUGUCAUUCCAGACCUCUACGAAAAAACAUACGUGACGAAUGUGCUGCAGAUGCUGAUGAAGGAAUUUUCCUUUGCCCGGGUUUGCUUUAUCCAGGAAAGCCUGGCAGCAUCAUUCGGCGCAGGAUACACGUCCGCCUGCAUAGUCGAUAUUGGAGCGCAGAAGACUUCAAUUUGCUGUGUGGAAGAGGGAAUGUGCAUUGAGAACUCGCGCGUCAAUCUCAAGUAUGGAGGCUAUGAUGUCACGGACACUUUUAUCAGGAUGAUGCUUUAUGACCAUUUCCCAUAUUCCGACAUCAACCUCAACCGCCGGUAUGAUUUCCUCAUUGCGGAGGAGCUGAAGAAAACCAUUUGCACGAUGAACGAAGGCAGCGUUUCAGUCCAGGUCUUUGACUUUCAUCUGCGUGUAUCCGGCCAAGACACCAGAAAGUUCACCUUUAAAGCAUACGACGAGGUUCAUCUUGCCCCUAUGGGCUAUUUCCAGCCCUCGAUAUUUGACAACGAAUCCAAACUACGCGGGCGCCGAAAACUCUUGACGCGCUCCUACGAUAUCUACGACGGACAUUUCAACGAUCCCUUAUCCGCUGCACAAUCCGAGAUUCUGACAUCUAUUGCUCCUGCUACUCCGGAGCUGAUCAUCGAAGAAGAGAAACCAGCAACCAAUGGUACCACGGACGCCCAGGCGACCCCGAACCGCUCGCAGCAGCAGCAUCUCAGCGUCCUUGGCCGCGUCCAGGACUCUGAAGCAACUCCUCGAUCAUCCGUUGCAGGCUCACCAGUGCCCGAAGCCACCGGCACACCACAAGCAGCCGCAACCCCCGUGCCCGCGGACAAGACAACCACAGCACCGCAAGCAGCACCUGCGGCAACCGCAGCACGAGCCCCGACAAUCGAAGAACGCGACGACGUCAAUCCCAUCUUCCCUCUCGACCAAGCCAUCCUAACCUCAAUCGCCCACGCCGCACGCUCCGACGACCGCAAAAUGCGCGACUUCCUCGGCGGAAUCAUGGUCCUGGGAGGUGGAAGCCAAGUCCAAGGUUUUCACCCGUUUUUGGAAGAACGACUGCACACGUUGAGACCAGCGUUUGCUAAGGAAAUCAUGAUCGGCACCCCGCCGCGUGAACUCGAUCCGCAGGUGGUUGUGUGGAAGGGAGCCAGUGUGUUUGGGAAAUUGGCUACGACGAAUGACAGUUGGAUUGGUCGGUUGGAGUAUGACCGCUUGGGUAGUCGAUUGCUGGCUUAUAAGUGUAUGUGGGGUUACUAA